AUGAAGCUUUACUCAUUAUUCUUAUUUUAUGUCGCAGCUCAAGCAGCCCUCAUAGAAUGCCAAAAUGAAUGGGAAAUAGCUUUCAAUAACCCUAAGAAUGAUUCUAUAUCAAAAUACUCAAAAAUGAUAGCUUUUUCUGGUUUUGAUAUAGACAGCUUUGGAAAUUAUGGCGAAUGCAUAUCCACGCCUGAUCUUCAAUAUACAAUAAUUAGGCUUACUGAGACUCCAACAAAGCUCAUUACCUUAUGCAGCCCUAAGAUCUGCGAAAUUGAAGACUACUAUACAAUUUUGCAAAGUAACUCCACAGUAUCUCAGUACAAAAUAAGCGAAGUUAUUCAUUCUCAAAAGAACAAAUUUCACUUGUUAGCCCCACUUGUAUGAAUUUCAAGAGAAUUUAAUGGUAUUUACUCUGAUAUUCCUACAAUUCUCAUGAUUAUUUUCAUAACUUCAAUCAUAGCCAUAACUUUAUAUGCUUCUGUAAAAGACCAUCAGUUAACUAAUAAAGAAAAACCAUCAGCUUUUCUGAAAUAUUUAUUGUGUUUUUCUCUCCUUCGCAAUUUAAAAAUGCUUCUUAGAAGCAGAAGUAGAGAUAAGUUGGGAAAAAAGGAUCCUUUAGAGCUGCUUAAUGGCUUGAGAGUAUUAGCCAAUGCAUGGAUUAUCUUAUAUCAUACCAUACGCUAUAUGUGGGUAGGCGGCGUUAUUUCAAAUACCAAACAAUUUGCAGGGAAUGUCAGCCCCAAAACUAUGAUUGUUGUUGAUGCACUGUUCGCUGUUGAUAUUUUCUUUUGGAUUUCAGGCUUUUUAUGCGCCUUUUUACUGCUUAGCGAACUUCACAAGACCAACAAAUUGGACUGAAAAAUGGUUUAUGUCCAUCGAGUCUUAAGAUAUCUCCCUUUAAACAUUUUUAUGAUUUGGUUUAUAAUGUCACUUUGGAAGUACAUGGGAGAAGGCCCCCUUUGGAGUCUUGGGGAAUAUACAUUUGAAGGGUGCAAGGAAGUCUGGUGGUCCCAUAUUCUUUUUAUCAGUAACUUUUAUCCAAAUGGAUGGGGAAAUUACUGUUCAGGUCCUUCUUGGUCAAUUACUGUGGAUAUGCAAUUCUUUAUAGUGACUAUCCCUAUGAUAUAUAUUUAUACAAAAAAUAGAAAAAUUGGAUGGCUUUGCUUGAUUUCCUAUGUCCUGGUAUCGGUUAUAAGCUCAGGAUACAUAACUUAUGCAUUAGAUAUGAACGCAGUCAAUGCAGCGCAUGGGAACCAUGAUAAAUGGUCCUAUUAUUAUUACAACAAGCCAUAUUGCAGAAUUGCGCCAUAUGCUAUUGGCACUUUGACUGCUUUUAUUGUUUUUUCUUAUAGAAAGAAUAGAGAAAACGGGACUUAUUAUGAUAGAUUCUCAGUUUCUAUAGCAAAAGCAAUAAAUAAUAAUUUGUGUCGGUAUACUCUUGCAACAGUUGGGAUUUUGUUAAAUGCUUUAGUGCUAAUGGGUCUCUACGAUACCUAUAGAUUUCCUGGAGAAAACAAUGAAUAUCCAUAUUGGAGCAAGUGGCAAAAUAUUGCGUAUGUAGCACUAGCUAAACCUUUAUUUGGAUUUGCGCUUAGCUGCAUUUUUCUGCCUGCCUUUUUAGGAUACUUUAGAUUUUUAACGAAAUUUCUUUCCCUAGAUUUUUGGGCACCAUUAGAGAGGUUGACAUUCUCUGUCUAUAUGGUUCAUUAUUUAAUUAUGUUUUAUUACUACAGACAGCAGACUGAAGCAUAUUUUAUUAGCGAUAAAACAAUAAAUGCAAACUUUUUGAGUUUUAUGAUGAUUUCUUAUAUAGUUGCUGUGCCUCUUGCAACUUUGAUUGAAAUGCCUUUUAAUUCAUUGGAAAAGACAUAUUUCUCGAAAGAACCAGCCCAAGCUUUAAAUAAUAAAAAAACUGAAUAA